UUUUAUUUUAUAAAUUUGCAUUUUUGUAUCAUGUUGUCACGAAGAAAAAUACUUUUAAUUCGCUGUAGCGUUUUAUUUUGGACGGGAGUUUAGCACAAAGAGGAAUGAUUUUUCACCGGUGUUAAAAAAGAGUAAUAUGACACUUUACAAAGGUUUUAAAAUGGCUCGUCUGAUGUGAAUAAGGCCCUAGCUGGUGGAAGAAAAAAAAUAGGCAUUAUCGACGCAAAAGGGAAAAGUGUCAUGCUAUAAUUUUCCUUCCCGUUUAUAGAGAAGCUGCAGUGUGUUCACUGAGCACUGGACAUUGGCAGUGAUUGGCAGUCGAGUGCGCCCUGAUUGAUCGCCGGCUCGGGUACCGUACCGAUCGAGGGGAGGAGCGAGCGACCAAAACAAAGCCGUUGAUUGGACCUCGCCUAGGAAAGGAGCACUUAGUGGGUCUGCACACAAGAAUGUUGUGUUUUCAGUAACGAUACACGUCGGGGCUUGGGAUAUAUUUUAUUUGGGGGGAACUGUGUUGUGGACUAGUAUUCUGUGACUUGCUUCCGUGGACAGUGUUUCCAAGAAUGAAACUUCGUGACUCGUAAACUCUCUGUUUAUCUUCUGCCAGAACCGUGGCAUUGUUAUCAGUAAGGAAACACACAACCAUGUGUUCGGUAUGUCAGAGGAGGGGAGUGUAUGAACAUUAUAGAAAUUUUAUUGCCGUUUUUACUAACAACCUAAUCUGACUUCUAAUGGACUUGUAACGCCAAUCUGUGGGGAUAAUUUCACUGAGACAACUCCGUAAUGAUGGAAUUCAGAGACAAACUUCUCUAUAUAACUGUGCUCGUGUGUCUAUUUGUACUAACCCCUUCCAAGGGAACAGAGAUUGUCAGGAAAUGUGACCCUAUCCGGAUAGAGAUGUGUAAAGGUCUGGGAUAUAAUGUAACGGGUAUGCCGAAUCUGGUCGGGCACGACCUUCAGCAGGAUGCUGAGCUCCAACUCCAGACCUUCACCCCUCUAAUUCAGUAUGGCUGCUCGCAGCAGUUGAAGUUUUUCUUGUGUUCAGUGUAUGUACCAAUGUGUACCGAGAAAGUGAUGGAGCCCAUUGGGCCCUGCAGGCCCAUGUGUCUUAGCGUACAGAGGCGCUGUCAACCCGUCCUUCACGAGUUUGGCUUCCCUUGGCCGGUUGCUCUCAACUGUUCCAAGUUUCCACCCAAAAAUGACCAGCACCACAUGUGCAUGGACGGGCCCGGGGAGAGUGCAGUUGAGGACAACGUCAGAAAACCGACUUUCAGGCCACCCGUACACAAGAAGGAGCACCAGUGUGGGGAAUUUCGACACUACCACAUGUAUACCUAUAUCAACCGUACGGGUAGGUGCGCGUUAAAGUGUAACGAAAACGCGGCUUUCACGACCGAAGACAAGUACUUUGCAGACAUUUGGAUGUCCAUUUGGUCGGGCCUGUGCUUUGUGUCCACGUUGUUAACCAUUCUCACGUUCGUCAUCGACUCUCAGAGGUUCAAGUACCCCGAGCGUCCCAUCAUUUUCCUGUCCAUGUGCUACAACAUUUACAGUAUUGCUUACAUCGUCCGUCUGAUUGCGGGGAGGGAGUCCAUCGCUUGUGACCGAGACACGGCCAGCAAGACCUCCAUCCUAAUCCAGGAGGGUCUAGAAAACACGGACUGUGCCAUCGUCUUUCUCCUGCUAUACUACUUCGGGUCCGCAGCUGCGCUGUGGUGGGUCAUUUUGACUUUGACCUGGUUUCUGUCGGCGGGGCUGAAAUGGACCCACGAGGCCAUUCAGCUCCACAGCAGCUACUUCCAUCUAGCGGCCUGGGCGCUACCCGCGAUUGAGACCAUCAUCAUUCUUGUCAUGAGGGAAGUGGACGCUGACGAGCUGACGGGGAUAUGUUAUGUAGGAAACCAAAACACACAGACAUUACUGGGGUUCUCUGUGGCCCCUUCAUUAGUCUACCUCGUCGUCGGCGUCGCUUUUCUCAUCGCCGGGUUUAUAGCUUUAUUAAGGGUCCAAUCCCAGGACCGUGUGAACGGGGUGAAAUCCGCGAAAAUUGAAAACCUGAUGAUCCGGGUGGGAAUUUUCAGUCUACUUUACACUAUCCCUGCCGCAAUAGUCAUAGCGUGCUUAUUAUAUGAAUAUGCGAGCAGAGACUCGUGGUAUCUAAGAGAUACUAUCCAUAGUGAACCAAAGAUGGAAAUCUUCAUGUUGAAGGUUUUUAUGACACUUGUGGUCGGGAUCACCAGUGGUAUGUGGAUCUGGUCGUCUAAGACCAUCAAUUCGUGGAGAAAUUUCGCGGUCAAAUUAACUUUCCAAAAUAGCAAACGCGAAGUUCGAAAGACAAUUGAAUAUGGCGUUCCUACCCAUCAAUCCCAUCAAUACCACCCCGUGCCAGUCAAACACGUCAGUAGGGUGGUCCGGAAUGAGAAAUCCAAACCUAAACGGACAAAAACGGACGGUCAAAUUGUCGUCUGAUUUCAUGUGUUAUCCAUCAUUACUUCACGGCUGGGUAUUAUUGUUUUUACAUUAAUCAAUGGAUUAUUUGUUUGUUUGAGUGAAUAAUGAGAAAAUGCAGUGAGCAAAGAAAUACUCAAAUUGCUAGUUGUGCGUGGAAAAUGUGCUUAAUGUAUGUGUUUGUUUUUCAAAAGUGAACUUGAAGCCAUUAGAAAAAACGAGAAUAUUUCCUUACGUAUUAUGCGAUAUUGCAUGUUUUGUUAUUCUGAAAAAAAUGAAGAAAAAUUAUCGUGUCUCUGUGUUCGUUUCCAACCGCUAUAGAUGUCAGUUUUUUAAAAUGCCAUGCAAAGUUGGAGAGAAAUUUACAACCGACUGCUAAAAUGUUUUUCAAGUGAUUCUGAAAAUUUUUAUUGUGUGCAUGUGUACAGAUUUCCUCCUGCUACGCCGAGUUCAUGCGGCGACAGACAACAAAACGCCGGUAUUUUUGUUUUACUGUUUCUCUCGCAGUGAGCCCUCUCCAUCUUCUCUCUUUUUUGACACGUGUCUGAAUGGAGAUGCAUUAACUAAGCCAGCUACCUCUCUUGUUCAAAUUCUGGAAACAAAAAUAAUACACGGAAAAUACAAAUAUUUGAUCUACAGUCGAGCCCUAAUCAGUCGGCACUGUGGCAUGUCCAAUUUCCACUCUCUCUACACCGCGCCUCCUGGCGAUAGAUUGAGGAAAACAAUACGUUACAAGCAUUCUAACCAAAAAUUUCAGUUGGCAAAAUAACACUAGUCACAUUGAGACUUGUUAUUGUAUAAAUAUGCUAUCUUUUUUCCCGUUACUGCAGUGAAGAAAACAUUUUGAGGGUGCAUGGUGACUGUGAGGAACUUUACGAGUGAGCUUUUGUUAAACAGCGGACAACAGUAUUGUAACUGUCGGGGUUUUUUUUCCCUCUCAAACAGUUACACUGUUUUAAUGUAUAUCAGUUGUUAUUUAUGGAUCUUGAAAAAUUACCAAUAAUUUUGAAAAGAAA